AUGUCCGUGAAAGACGCGAAGGAAAUCUUUCAAUCCACGUUGCACUCGAAGAUGACGGUGGAAACCGCAGAGUUGAUCGCGAAGAACUUUGAAUCCAUGGGCAUUCAAACACCCAGAGAGCUGAGAAAAAUUGUCGUGAAGCAAAAUAUCAAACUGAUUUUGUUCGAAGCGAUGUCGAUUCUCUUCAACUUGGGCGUGACGGUCGCAAUUUAUUCGAUUUUUCUCCUGAACGGCGCGCCUUUGGCGUGGGAACCAGGAACGUCGGAGCUGGUCAGUCAAGUCAUCGCCUUUACGUUGUUCAUCUGCGCCGGAAUCUUCAGCGUGGAAACGGUCGCGCACACGGUCGUGUUCUUCUCGUUCGUGUACAGUUUGUUCUUUUUUUCGUUUGCAAACUUGGACAAGUUCACGAAAGCCAUGCACACGCUGGCCGAAGACGCUGCUGGUCAGCCAGAUUUGUCGUCGAUUCGUUCGAUUCGAAGAGCCGUUUCUGCGACGAGAGUUUUGCAGAAACUCAACGAAGUUAAGAAGGCCAUAAUCGAAGACAAGAAGCUCGCAGACGAGAGUUUAAAGGACAUGCCCGAGCUGAAACGCUUAUCGGCGUACUUUGAACUCAAAAACGCCAUCGACGAACAUGGUUUUAGCUACGCUCAGUAUGGCUUAACCGAAGAACGCGCGAUGGUGUUGGCGUCGUUGUUUGCCGACGUGGACGAAGACGCCGACGGCGAGAUCAACGAGGAAGAGUUGCGAAAGCUGCUCACAGAGAUGGCGAAAAACGAGCACGUGGAGUGGACGUCGUUGAAUGCAGAUUUCAACGUGGCUUUCAAUCUCUUGGAUACCGAUGGUGACGGCAAGAUUGAUUUGGACAACUUUUGCGAGUGGUUGAGUGAACCGGAAAAAACAAAGAAAGAGGAAAGUAAGGCGUCGCCGCGCUAA